AUGAAAUACUCUACUGUUCUCUACACUAUUGCCUUGUUUUGCUCAGUCAAUGGAUAUGUCAUUCCAGGAAUGAAGGCUGACAACGUUAAAAGACAUGAUAACGAAAAGGACGAAUCAGUUACUGCAUUCAAGAGACAUAUCAAUUGGGGUAAUGACAAUGAUGACGAUGAUGAUGAUGCCGUGACUACUGUUACAAAAACAACGACUUACACAAAGUACACUCGUACAACUGCUCACUAUCAGCCAACUGAUGAUUGUGACGAUGACUACUAUAGCGAUUAUAAGAAAAGAAGCAAUAAGUCUAUCAAAAAUAAGAGAAGUGAAGGAACUGUCUCUAGAAACAAGAAGAGAACUUUUGGUUUGUUGGCUGAUCUUUUCGGUGGUGAUUCUGAUUCUGAUUCUGAUUCGGACUACGACUCUGACUCUGACUCUGACUACGACUCUGAUGACUCAGAUUGUGACGACGAUGAUGAUUAUGAUGAUUAUGAUGAUUACAAGAAAGCUAAGAGAGGUGUCAAUCAGAAGAAGAAGAGAAACUUGGGUAAGUUCUAUCCACCAACCACUGUUACUGUCACCACUACUGCUUCACCAUAUAUUCCAACAUCCACUGAAGAUGAUUGUGAAACCGAAACUACAUCUUGGCCAACACCAACUGACGACUGUGAUGACGACUACUAUGGUGAUAAGAAGAAUAAGAAAAGAAACUUGGGUAUGUUCUUUCCACCAACUACAGUGACUGUCACUGAGUACCCUGAGCCAACUCCAACUGAUGAUUGUGACGACUACUAA